AUGUGGUGGUGGGUGGGUGGGGUUGUGAUUGUUUGGGUGUUUGGGGGUUUGGGUGGGGUGGUGGAGGGAUGGGGGGGGAUUGGAGGGGUUGGGAUAGGGGGAAAGGGGGGGAAUAGUAUUUUUGGGGGGGGGAAUGGAAUUAUGGAUGAUAUAGGGUGGGUGUUUUGGGGAUGGGAGAAAGGGAGGAUAGGCGCCUGCUCCAGUGUAAGGUCAGACUCGGCCACAGGGGACAUGUCCCAGUCUGAACAUGUCCCAGUCUGA